GCAGCAGUGUCAGCUGCACUCCUCCCCUGGCACGGCGCGGCUAUAAAUCUUGUGACUCAAAGCAUAUCUACAGUAACUUUCUGAACUUCCAAGUGUCCCUGUGGAGCCAGCAUGGCUGCCCAGUGCACUCCCCUCCUGCUCCUUGCCUGUGUGUUGGCCCUGCCUGCUCCACAUGUCACCACAACCAUCCAAAGACAGUCCCCCUUCAAUCAAUCUUUCUUGAAUAACACCAUGUCUGCUCGGAACAUGUUAGUGAAUGGUCAGCUCCGGCUGGUGAAUGGCUCCAACCAGUGCUCUGGACGGGUGGAGAUCUGGUAUCGCAAUGAGUGGGGAACAGUGUGUGAUGACAGCUGGGACAUGAACGAUGCCUCUGUGGUGUGUAGGCAGCUUGGCUGUGGAGAGGCAGUAUCAGCGCCAAGCAGUGCUUUUUUUGGGAGAGGAUCUGGGCCUAUCUGGCUGGACGAUGUUAAUUGCAAUGGGGAGGAGAAGCUCCUCACUCAGUGCUCACUGCGGCCUUGGGGAGAGCACAAUUGCGGGCAUGGCGAGGACGCAGGUGUUGUGUGCUCAGGUUGGCCCAAGGACUGCAGUGAGAUCCCCACUGGCAGCCCCAGUGGCGUCUACGUCAUCCAGCCCACCGGACUGCACCCCAUCGUGGUGUACUGCGAAAUGAAUGUGACAGAUGGGGGCUGGACGGUCAUCCAGAGGAACCGGCAGGGCACGGAGAUCACCUGGGCCGAGUCCUGGAGCACCUACAAGUACGGCUUUGGGAACGUGCACACCGAGUACUGGCUGGGCACUGAGUACAUCCACCAGAUCUCCAGGCAGAAGGUCUACCAGGUCAGGUUUGUCCUCUGGGAUGCUGCAAACAACACAAAGUUUGCAGACUACAACCUCUUCAGUGUGGAAGAUGAGUCCCAGGGCUACCGGCUGAGGCUGGGAACAUACUCUGGGACAACGGAGGAUGCCAUGGCCUCAAAGAGUCCCGGUGUCAACCAUGACAACAUGAAGUUCUCUGCAAAAGAUCGGGAUCAGGACACUUACAGUGGGAACUGUGCCUCCAGCUAUGGGGGUGGGUGGUGGUACUCGGCAUGUUAUUCUGUACGGCUGAACGUGAAGGGGGGCAUGACGUGGGGCAGCCUGUGCAACGGGAACUGCAAAGCUUCUGCCAUCCUCAUCAAACCCACUGCCUACUGCUAGGGCUUCGUCACUGCCUGUCUGCCCCGGCAUGUGGCCAGACCAGUGCCCUCCAAGGCCCCUUUGCUGGGGGAAGCAGAGUGGUUGGCAGUGGGGACACCCGGGGCUCCCACGUGAUUCUUCUUUCCCCUCUUUCACAGAGCUCCUCUGCUUCCCUUUCUGGGUUCUUCCCCUUUGAGCUGUUUUUAUUUUAAUUGCAUUAUAAUUAGACCAACACAUUGCAAACCCUGUACUUCUGAAACACACUGCUCUGGAGAAUAAA